AUGCCCAACCAGUACCGCUGGGGCGUUCACCGCCUUAGUGAGCUCCUGGGCCCGCUGGUGGAGCGUGGCCUUGCCUCGGUCAUUUUGUUCGGCGUGCCCACGCUGAAGAAGAAGGACGACGUUGGAACGUUGGCCGACGAUGUGGAUGGCCCUGUGAUCCAGGCCAUCCGUAAGAUCCGUGACUUGUUCCCUACAUUGUACGUGGCUGCAGAUGUAUGCCUAUGCGAGUACACAUCGCAUGGCCACUGUGGUAUCUUGCACGAAGACGGCUCGAUCAACAAUACUUUGUCCAUUGAGCGCCUCAAGGACGUCGCUGUGGCCUACGCAAAGGCCGGCGCCCACUGUGUAGCUCCAAGUGAUAUGAUGGACGGACGUAUUGCCUCGAUCCGCCGGGGCCUCGAUGCGGCUGGCCUGGCCGGUCGUGUUACGUUGAUGGCGUACAGCGCCAAGUUCGCUUCGGCGAUGUAUGGACCUUUCCGUGAGGCUGUCGACUCGGCACCUGCCUUUGGCGAUCGCCGAUGCUAUCAGCUGCCGCCCCACGCUCGCGGUAUGGCACGCCGUGCGAUCGUGCGUGAUGCACAGGAAGGCGCAGAUAUCUUGAUGGUCAAGCCAGCUGGACCUUACCUUGACAUCCUCGCUGAUGCACGAGAAUUGGUACCUGACUACCCACGCGCUUGCUACCAGGUGAGUGGCGAGUACGCCGUUCUUCAUGCUGCCGCCAAUGCGGGUGUGGGCGAUUUGCGGGCCCUCGUGGAAGAGAGCGUGACGUCGAUGCUGCGUGCCGGUGCGACGUUGAUCCUCACAUACUUUACGCCGGAUCUACUGACUUGGCUCGACACGCCCCAUGGCCCAUAA